CGUGUCGACGCAGGCACGUACAUGAGCGUGUACGCGCGUGUCGGCUAGGUGGCCGAGACAUUGUUUUCGAGUGGCAGUGUCGCGAGUAUUUGCAAAAUGGAGGAACUUAUUGAAGCUGUUCGAAGCGAAAAAUGUUUAUACGACGUAAAACACCAAGAUUAUAUGAAUAAAAAAUUGAAGGAUUCUGUUUGGAAACUAAUCGCAGAGGCGCUAAAUCUCAAGGAUGGAAGUGAAGCCAAGAAAUCUUGGGAAAAACUGAGAAACAAUCACCGAGAUGCGCUUCGUCGGCAGAAAAUUUCUAAACCGAAAAGUGGAUCAGGGGCUGUUAAUAUAAAAGCAUGGCGCUUUCAAGAAAAUAUGGCGUUUUUGAUUCCGCAUAUGGCAAAUAGGCCAAUUAACACCAAUGUUAAUGAAGACAUACUAAAUGACGAAUCAUCUCAUAGUAAUUCAAAUACUAUAGAAAAUGACAUUCAAAAAAAUAUUAAUGAUACGGAUAUUCAUGAAUCAGGAGUUGAAGAAACUAAUGAAACCCCUGAAUCACAAUCUACUGGAACAUCAGCUGGUCAAGGAAAUAAAAGACGACGAAAAAAGAAAACUUUGAAUAACUUACUAACUAAAUCGAUUGAGGACCAUGAACGUAGACUAGCUAAAAGACAGCAAGAACGGGAGCGCUUAAUUGCUAACACCAAUUAUAAUGAUUUCACCAUAAGCAAUGUUAAAAAUGAUCCACUUUUUCAUUUUUUUAUUAGUAUGUACGAGACUACAAAAAGAUUGCCGCCACUUUCUCAACACAAUAUUAAAACAAACAUAUUUUCAUUGGUCUCCCAAGAAGAAUCAAAAAACUUGGUGGAAUAUUCGCCUCGUCCACCUUCUUCCUAUUCAUAGAAUAGUGAUGUAAGAUCAUAUUUCAUCAUAUACGCCUUCUCCUGUAGAACAACAGCCACAUAGUGAUGCAGGAACAUAUUAUACGUCUACUCCUAUGCAACAACAGCCAAAGGAAGGUGGGACACCAAAUAUUAUAAUGACUCACGGUAAUGAACUUGACAGUUCUGGAAAUAUGUUUCAAACUUUGUAAAUUAAAUUUAUAAAUUAUUAUUGUGCUUUGAAUAGUUCCGCUUAAUUUUGUAAUUGUUUACCUACAUAAUAAACUUACCUUAAGAAAA